AUGAGGUCCGACGACCUCCUCGGCCGCCAGCCGGGCGUCCAAACAGAACAAACACUCUUUGAAACGCGAAAUUUGAUAAAGCGCGCGAACCGGCGACAGGUGGACGGAUACGUGGAAAAGAUACCGCGCGAUACGCUCCGCGCGUCGUCGCAUUCCCCGUCGCGCCCCAACCCCGGGAACGACCCCUCGCGCGCGCGCGCGAAAGGCUCACACGCCCUCGACUCCGACAUGGCCUUCGCCGUCGCCUUCGCCGUCGCCUCCCGCGCCGCCGUCCCCGCGGUCGACCGAUCGAUCGCGCGGUCGUCGUCGUCGCCGCGCGAAAUAUCGUCGUCCGCCUCGAUCGCGAUCCGCGGGGUCGCGCCGCUCCCGACGCGCGUCGUCCGCCGCGCGAGCGGCCGCGCGAGAUCGCUCGCGUGCCGAGCGUCCGUCCCGAGGGAGAUCGGCGUCCUCGCGCUGAGAGUCACCACCGGUGUCUUCAUGGUCCACAACGGCCUGGACAAGCUCGCGGACCCGGAGGGGUUCGGGAAGUUCGUCGUGGAGCCGUACCUAGGAUUCCUCCCGCACGACGACCCUCUGACGUGGACGAACUGGGCGUACCUCGCCGCGGGAGCCGAGCUCGCGGGCGCCGCGGGGCUCACCCUCGGGUUCCUCACGCGUCUCUCCGCGUUGACGCUCACGACCACGAUGGGCCUCGCAGUGUAUUUCCACAUCGCGCAGAGCGGCCUCGAGGGGUUCCCGCUCGCGGUCGUGGAGAAGCAUCAGUACGCGUACGAGACCGCGGCGCUGUACGCGGCGGUGUGUUUCUACUUUUUCUGCGCCGGCGGCGGCGCGGUGAGCGUCGACAACCUCACGAAGAAGAGCGAGGAUUGACGACGAGCGCCGUCGACUCUCGUC